UUGUGCAGUUACAAAAGUAGUGCAUGGUCUAAGCUUCGGUGUAAUCAAAUAAGCAAUUUGUGCAAAAGCAAAAAACGAACUCCUUGACCUUAUUAUAAAUGAUGUUUGAGGCAACAAGAGAAUUUUUUCCAUUCAGUGCCGUCCGCCAAGUAGCCUAAACAAGGCGGAGUGAAAAGGUGGAGUUGAGGUUUCCUGCUCCUCACUUACAGCGGAGGCAGGCUGUUUUCUCCUCGGUAGUCGCUGGACCUGACGGAGAGGGAACUACUGAUCUGUGUGACCUGGGAUACACACUGUUGUAAUACUCUGCCCAUUCCUGCUGUUUGCGACAGGUUAGAUCCAUCCUGUAUUGUCAGCAUUGUUUACCAUCAGCUACAGAUAUGGCACUCAAAACAAGCAGCAAGGUGAAUAUCAAGGGGCCAAUGGACCGUUAUCUCAAGAAGAUUGAUCAUUUCCCAAACACGCAAGGAGGAAGCAGUCAGUCUUUCCGCACACGGACUUGUGCAAAGGAAGAAGAGGCACAUACAACCCACUCCUUUUAUUGGCGCCAUGGUAACAAGAAGCCCAUCUGCAUUACCUGCAAUAAAGCCGGAACUGUUCUGAACACACUGCAGAGAAGCAAAAUCUUUAAAGAAAUUGCAGAAAAAAACAAAGGCAAAGAGCUUGUUAUUAAAAGAAAGGGGAAAGCUGUCCCUACACACUUUCCAUGCUGUUUAAUUAAAAAAGACGAGCCUCUGAUAGUAAAGUUCAUAAAAGCUGGAAAACAGGUUAAACGUCCAGUUGGUAACACCCGAGAAAAUGUGCCCUCUGACAAGCUAGUAACAUUCCAUUUAGCAACAAGGGGAGGAAGAGAAGUGAGGAACAUUUUGCACAACACAGAACUGAAAAAAGAAGUUGAGGAAAUUAGUGUGUACGCCUACAAAGGAGAGACAGUGAAGCAAGCGCUGAAACGAGAUGGUCGUCUGUGUAAGAGCAUAUUUGUAAAACACUGUGUGCUGUCUGAAGUAAGUGAAGAAGAUGAGAUUGAAAUGUCCAACCCUGUUGAUGAUCUUGAUGGUAAAAGUUUCAGGAUUGUGUUGCAUGAUAAAUCUAGUCAGCCAGAGAGUCAGUCAGGUAGUCUGGAUGAUGCUUAUGUAGCACCAAAUGAAUCUCAGACAACUGUCUCUGAUGAAAGCCAAGAUAUUCAACAGCAGGGUGCAACAAGUGAGUCACCAAAUGCACACACACCAGAGGAGACAGCAACGCCAAGCAGCAGGGUCAGCAGUGUGAUUCCACAUAGGUCACCUUUACAUAAAAUACAUAACUCUGAAAAGAUGCUGAAGCAUCUUUGUUCACAGUUUGAGAACUUGAUUAAGCAGAUGAAAAAUCAACUGAAAGUGUCUAGGCUUUCAGAUGUCCAAAACCUUUUCCGUGCCGACUUUGGCAAGAAUGUUGAUACUUGCUUUGAAAUGAGAAUGAUGUAUGAAAUGACGGAACUCGGUAAAUCAGUUUGUCAGGUGAGAACAAAUGGGACACCACUAGGAAGUGGCUUCCUCCUAUUUGACAGGUUUGUCCUGACAAAUGGCCAUGUCAUCAACAACAUUUAUGACCAAGACAGCGGGCACCUUCGGGAGCCACUGAGUGUCACUUUCUCUUUUGUACGUCUAGACCAAAGGGACCCAUGUGAGACAGUGCAGGUGAAACCUCAGGUCGCUGCCCUUGAGUACUCUACUGAUAGCACAGGUUGUGUGCGUGACUGGGCUUUACUGGAACUUUGCCCUGACCAGGCAUUGCCUGAUGGGUUAUUAAAACACUUUGGAUUUGUUCCUCCCGGGGGUGGAAUUUUCAUCAUUGGGCAUCCUGAUGGUGGUGUGAAAAAGAUAGAUCCAUGCCUCGUAAUUCCACUUGAGAAACGCUUUCACUCUUUUGAGCCACAAACCAGAGAAAAUCCAGAGAGCAUCCAAAUGAUUACUGGGGCUUUCUUUCAUAGCAGAGAGAUUUUAAGUUAUGACACUUGUUUCUAUUUUGGUUCAUCUGGCUCACCUAUCUUUGACGAGCACUACAAUGUUGUUGCAAUGCAUUCAGGAGGUUAUCACUGCAAAACCAUACGGGGCCAAGACCAGAGAAUGAUUGAGUAUGGCUAUGCAUUGUCACACAUCAUUGAACAAAUCCUCUUCAAAACUAUGAAAAGAGGAAGACUAGACGUACUGAGGGAGCUCCUCAGUUGUGAGCAUGCACAACACCAUGAAGUGAUGAAGAAAAUAGUUAGCAGGAAUAUCUCAGCAUUUCAAAUUGCAUUUAACAAUUCAGAGGUAGCAAAUGAUGAAAGUCUGAAGACAUUCUUUGAUUUGUUCUCAGAAAACGAGGAACCUGUCCCCAUGGAUACUGAUUAAGUGUGACAGGAACAGAGCUAACUGCUGACAAUGCAGUGAGCAUGAAAGGAUUUAUGUUUUUUUUAUUAUUAUUUUUUUUUUAUGUAUUUGUGAUUUGGCACUAAUGUUUUAGUCAUAUCACCUGUACAUGCUCAUUUUUGUUGAAACAAAUGUCAUUUUUGUUCAGAAACUUUUCAGUAUAUUGCCAUAUUUUGCUUAAAAUGUACUGUUGUAUCUUGUUAUAUUUAAACAAGUUUUCUACGGGUCUGUAAAAUGAUGUUAAUCAUUAGUAAACAAUAAUUCUGGCAAUUGAUUGGA